CUUGUAAACUCGAAAUUUCUUUUGUCAUGCUGUGCCGCUCGUGGCCUAUGGUAAGAAACAUCAACACAAAUGCCUCUUCGCCGUAAAGGAAAAAGUCCGCCUUUCCUUAGCCAGGAAUUUUUCAUACAGAAUCAUGGCGACAUUGCUUCGUGUUUUUGCAUGGUCUUUUUGAUUGGUUUGAUGCUUCAGGCUACACGCAAUGCAGCUUCCCUAUUUAUAGCUGUUCAACACAAUGUAACCCAAAAUGCUAAUGACUCAACAGAUGCUUCAGCAGCAUUAAAUGUCUUGUAUAACAAUGGCUGGAAGGACUUGUGUGGUAUAUUUUUUCAAAUGUUAUGUUGGAUUGUUGUUCAAGCAGUUAUCCAAGAAUAUGUGCUUGAUAAAGUUAACAGAAAGCUGCACAUGUCAAAGACAAAAACUAGCAAGUUCAAUGACUCUGGCAACAUGCUUCCAAUAUUCAUAGCUUCUAUUGGAGUGGGCAUUGACUUGAUAAUGAAGGAAAAUCUAAUCCCAAAGAUCCAAUCACUAUGGACUGGAUAUCCUCACACAGAGAUGUCUUUCAUGCUUAAGUUGUUCUUUAUGCUUCAAGUUGCUUAUUGGCUUCACAUGUUCCCAGAGUUAUACUUCAUGAAAACUAGAAAGGAAGAAAUUCCCCAAAAAGUCACCCAUUAUUCCCUCUACAUGGUAUUCAUUUCAGCUGCCUACGUAAUGAACUUCACAAGAAUUGCCUUGGUAUUGCUGGUUGUUCAUUACAUCCCGGAAGUUGUCUUCCAUGCAAGUAGAAUCUUGCACUGCCUAGGAAUGUUCGAAAUCGCUCAAUAUGGUUUCACGGUGUGGUCGAUUCUAUUUGUUCCAGCUCGCCUUAUCACAAUUACCCUGUCGAUCCUCACUUUCUGGUUUGGUCUUGGCAAAGCGGACCAAUCAGCAUUUAGCAUUGCUUCUGGUAACUUCAACAACCCAACCUUCAGGCUAGCUUGCCUUCUGGCUGUUAUCUUAGUCCAAGCGUGGAUGGCAUGGAAUUUCAUAACAUUCCAAGUGAAGCGUUAUAGGGAACGUUCAGCUGUCACCCAGAAAAAGUCCCGACAGGACCAGAAAAAGAAAGGCAAAAAGGAGAAGAAGUCAAAAGAUGAUGGUGAUGCAGUACAAAACGGCUCUCCGAAACCCCGACUAAAGGAAGACUAAAUGAAGACCUGGUUUGGCGAAAGAUAACUCCGCUGCAAUUUCUAGUUGCCCUUUCUAAUAAUGAUAAACUCAUACAUUUUCACAAAUUUCCCCUUGUUUUUCUUGUAGUUUUGAUUUUGACUUGUUAGAAAAAAUUGCUGUGGAGUUUUAA